UGCAUUCAGCGCGUGGUUUCACCUUCAGGUUGUUGUUUGUCUGUCCUUCUCCAAAUCACAUCACCUUAACUGGGAUAAGGUUUUGUUUGCCAUUUGACUCAGAAACAUCAAUGAAUGCUUAUAUCUGGAAUGGUCUCAAGCUGAGAAGCAAUUUGAAUACAAGAAUGAAGAGAUAGAGGCUUGGUGAGAGGACAUUCCCAAUAGAAACUUCAACAUAAUUUUCCACUCCUGGGCAGGGCUUAUGCCUCUUGACUGAUGUUGUUGGAAUACAGAUGGAUUGUAGUAUAGGUGCAAACAUGGAAUUGCGAAGAGCCUCCAGUCCUCACAGGAUGAAUAAGAAUGAUGUGGAUGCAGAUAAAUCCAUGUUGCACAGUUGCUGCAUAUGUGGCAAGAGUUUUCCCUUCCAGAGCUCACUGUCGCAACACAUGAGGAAGCACACAGGGGAGAAGCCCUAUAAGUGCCCUUAUUGUGAUCACAGAGCUUCUCAAAAGGGCAAUUUAAAGAUCCAUAUUCGGGGUCACAGAACAGGCACUAUUAGCCAGAGGAAUGACGUGGAGAUGGUAGGAGAGGUACAGCUUAAUGAAAUGAGAGUCUUUGAAGGCUUUGAUGGUUGCACCAGCCCUACCAAAAGCACCUCUGCUUGCAACAAAGUAUUGAAUGGAACAGUUCCCACUGAGGAUAGCAAGAUCUUGCUAAGAAGCAGCAGGAAAGAGGCAUUUGCUGAUGAAGUUAAAUUAUGUACUGUUCAGUGCAACUUCUGUAAAAACAAAUUUGAAGGGAAGAAAGAGUUGGAACAACACAUACAGCAAGUCCACAAGCCUUUCAAAUGUAGGCUCUGUAAUUACAUGACCCUAAGACAGGAGACCCUUUUAAACCAUAUAGAGAGAGACCAUAUUACAACUCAGAUUCCAAACGGGGAAGCUUACACUGAGAACUGCAAGACUGAGUCCAAUGCUGGAGAAUUUCCUUGUGAAGUCUGUGGACAAGCUUUUAGUCAAACAUGGUUCCUCAAAGCUCACAUGAAGAAGCAUCGAGGGUCAUUUGACCAUGGAUGCCACAUUUGUGGCCGGAAAUUUAAAGAGCCCUGGUUCCUUAAAAACCACAUGAAAUCUCAUGGCCCAAAAGCUGGGAGUAAAAACAAGCCAAAAAAUGAUUUAGAGCCCAUGGCCACUAUCAAUGAUGUCAUUCAAGAAGAGACCAUUGUGACUGGAUUAUCCCUGUAUGAAGUUUGUACCAAGUGUGGAAACCUGUUUACAAAUAUGGAGAGCCUAAAAGCACAUAAUACUGUACAUUGCAGGUCUCAAGGAAUUUGCAGUGAUCACAGAGGUGAGAAACUAAUAGAUGGAGAUUUGGAUUCACCUAUAGCAAAACAGUUUUUCUUCCAAUAUCUGAACUUGAGGCCAUCUGUAUGGAUAGAUGGUGUUUCGAGGGGACAGUCAGGUAAAAGAGUAGCCGAGUUGGAUCCAGUCAAUAGUUACCAAGCUUGGCACUUGGCUACCAAAGGGAAAGUUGCAGAGCCUUCUGAGUAUGUUAAGUAUUUAGGAUGGGAUGAAGUUCUGGCAGAUGCUGAUGUGACAUAUGAUAGGGACAAAAGGGAAUAUAUUCUUGUUAGUCAAGAGAAGCGCAAGCAAGAGCAGGAUUCAUCCACCUCUUCCAGUAAUCCAAAGAAGAAGAACUGCACAGGUGCCCGUUCAGAGAAAAGCAGUAGUGCGCAAGCAGGGGACAACUGCAUCCUUGGCCAAGAUGACCUAGAGUACAGACCAUCCUCACGUCAGAGCAGAAGGGCAUCACAGAACAAGUCCACUGAGUGCUUUGAGUGUGGCAAGAUCUUCCGCACAUAUCACCAAAUGGUGCUUCAUUCCCGAGUGCACAGGAAAGAGCGCAGAAGCUGCAGUGAAGGUGGAUCAGCAGUGCAGCAUGAUAGAUAUGGUUCCAAUAGUGAGGAUGGUGAUUCUGGAUCUGUCAGCGCUCCAAGCACGCCAAGUUCUGCUUCUGCUCAAGAAGAUUCAGUUACCUCUGGAAUAGGUGAAGAGGGUCCUGAGGAUAGUUCUGAGGAAGGAGUACAUGAGCCAUCCCCAUGUAAAAAACCAUAUCUCUGCAAUUUUUCUGGAGAAGAUGCAUCUGGAGCAGCCCUACAGCUCAAUCAGGAAAGAAACAAUAGAGAAAAAAAUGCUGUGGAAUCUAAACCAGAAGUGCUAAAGAUGGCAUCUACACCACAAAACAAGAUCAAAGAACCAUUUCCAAAAUAUGUGGAUUGCAAAAUUUACCCUGAUUCAAAGAUGUUGGCAUUUCAGCAAAGUUCUGAUUUUCCUUGUUCCAGUAAGACUGUUGAUGUGAGACUGAAUUUGCAAAGCCCAUUGGAAAUUCAGGAGAAGCUCUCUAAAGAGAUUCUUGUAGAGAUGAAUGAACAUUCUGUGCUCAAUAAAGAUACAGAGAUAUCUGAAAAGACUCCAUUAGAUCUAAGUGAGAAAUCAACUAGGGCUGAUUCAUGCCAUUCAAGCUUUACCUCAACCUUGCAGGCUGCUUUGAUUGUCCACCGAUGUCCUUACUGCAGUCAUAAAACUUAUUAUCCAGAAGUCCUGUGGAUGCACAAAAGAAUUUGGCACAAAGUUAGUUGUAAUUCUGUGGCUCCUGCUUGGGUUCUUCAAAAUGGAUUCAAGAGUCUAAAACAUAACUCUGUUUUUAUGGCAAGAAGUGGGCGCACUGGACCACCUCCUGUACUUGGUGGGAAAGAAUGCCAACCUUUGCCUUUAGCCAGAUUUACACGUACUCAGGUGCCGAGUGGGUUGUCGGGAUCCAAAAACAAUUAUUCUGAUAUUGCUAUAUCUCCUAAGCCUGGGGCUAUGGCUAAAGAUGUACUAUCCACUGGUGGCUGUGGUCCGCAACCAUCAGCUGUUGAUGGGUAUAGACCACCCAAACUUAACCACACUCAUGAACAAUACAGUACAGUAGCCCAGCAGCCCCAAUUAAAAUCAAAAUUUGAAGUGAACUCCAAAUUGAUGCAAACAGGAAACUUUAGCAGAAGUUCAACGCCUUCCCAUACAGUGGUAUCUAAACCUAGCACACAGCCCUCCAGUAGCAGAGAAACAGAAAAGUACAUAGUCCCGCAAGUAAAUGCUGGAUCUGCUCCUUUAAUCAAGCAUUGUACUCCAGAUACAGGGAAGGCCAAAUUUUUAUCUCCGUCUCAGUACCACCCUCUGUGUAAAACUGAGCCAUGCAUUACUCAAGAACCUCCAUCAAUGCCUCAGCAAGAACGUACAGCCAAGAGGGAAAAUGAAAUGAGGGCAUUGAUCAAUUGUACUGGAGGAUCCAGAGCAAGUCCUUUGAUGCAACCUCAGCCAGUUGCAGCAGGACCUCCUCCACCUGUACAUUCCACCAAACAGGAGCCAUCCCCUGAGGGGCAUGAGAAAUGUUUGGAUAUUGUAAACAUCUUUAAGACCUCCAUUCCAAAGGAUCUUGCUACUUUCUACCAAACCUGGGGUGCCAAUAGCCCUGUAAUGGACCGUGCUGGUAAGAAUCCUAAGAACUGUCUUUCCAGCAUAUUUUUAAAUUCUUAAUAUUUUCUAGCGUAAUGAAUUCCACAAAACACUGUGUUGUUACUGUCUGCGUUUGACAAGAUUAUCUCUCCUAUUUAACUGUCCCAUCCUGCAUCAGAUCAUUUAGGCUGCUUAUCUGCAAGUAAACCGCUGUUGAACUUAAUGGAAUUUAUUUCUGAGGAAAGAUAUGUAAAAUCGCACUGCUAGAAUUCUAUCCUCAGUUAAAUCCUGGAUUUGGUCCUUUUUUAAAAAAAAAAAAAAGUGGGAUGCUUGAAAAGACUUGAGAGAGUUUCUUCUACAUGAGAUGUCCAAGCAGAAGUUACAGUAUCAGAUUUACUGUCAGUCUAAAAUAGGGAGCGGGAAUUUACUUUGAGAGAGAAAUUAUUUCAACAAAAGCAUACUUUUGUUGAAAGAGUUUGGAGUGCAAGGGAUUUUCAGAAUACACUGAUAGAUCUGUGCAUUAAGAUGUAGGACUGAACACAAAACAUUGAAGACAGAGGGAAAGGAAAUAAUAAAACACAAUGCAGUAUUAGAACAAAAUAAUUUUGGCUAGGUUUGAAGUUUAUUGGAUUUUCAGACUUCAAGUUAGCUGCUAGAAUGUAAUUUUACUAGCAGAAUCAGAACAGUAACGUCUCAUUUGCAAAGUCCCCUUUCCAUGUAAUGGAUUUGAGUGGAGGUCUUGGGAAUUUAGUAAUUCAGAUUGAGUUGAAGGAUAUUUGGCUCUGCACAUCCCAAAUCCCACCAACCCUGCACCAUUCUUAUUUUUUAUUUUGAAUGGCUGUGAAUUGCAAAGUAGAUCCUUUAUAGCAAGCAAAAAAAAGUAAAUUUAUAAAUAGCAGUGUCUUCAGUCAUAAGGGGCAAUUAUCACUUUAAUAUUCAAAAUGGGAAUUUAUUAAUACCUACUUAUUAAACUUGUGCUCAGCCUUCAUGCGUGUGAUAUGAUAGCAAUAAUAAAAGGAGUGCUCCUGAGCAUAUGCAGAGCUCCUUUUCUAUCGUCACGUUACCAGAAUUUCACAGCUAAAACCUGGGAUUAUCAGUAGCUAGUGGGCUCCCACAACAAAGGGAUGACGCAGCAGGAGAAAGCAAAGAGGAUCCAUAUUCUGGGUAAGCUGGAAAUUGUGUCCAAAUACAUGUUCUCAGAGUUUAAGAUGAAUUGACCUUACAAGAUAAUAAGGUGAAAGAAUGUGGCAGUUAACACCAAUGGCUUGUCUUUCCUAAGUGAUUUAUUAAAAUUUAUUUCUUUUUCUUGUUGGCCCCAGUGUAAAUAUUUUUUGUUGCUUAUUCUCCUAGCAAGAUAAAUAUAGUCCUUUUUCCUUAUGAGCUAAAUUAAGACAGAUUUAAUUAUUAACCAGUUAGAAAUAAUGAGACCCAUUUUGGGAAUAUUCCUUGCAAAUGUGUACAGUACAUGCCCUGACCAUUUGUAUAGUAAAUGUGCACGAUGUCCACUGAACAAAAGGAGAUCACAGGAUGUUUGCCAAGAUGUAGAACAAACAUCACUCCUGUGGUUAUGAGUUUUAUCCAUGACAGCUAUUGAUAAGAAACUAACCCCAAAAUAUGGCAUAAACAUUUGGUUUGUAAAAGAUACAGCGUUAGCAAUUAUCUGUGAAGACUGUAGGGCAGUAUCUGAUAGGUUGUAGAGAGUAAGGAAGGUAACCUUGAUAGAAUUGUUACCUAGCCAAAAAGGGCUGAAACCUUUUUUAAGUCCUGAGAAACAAGGUAGUAUUCAGAAGCAGUUUAGGCAGACACCUCCCUAAUUCACUGAACAAUAAGCAGGAGGAGGAGGUGCAGCACAGUCAGACUUGCAGGAUUCUGUUAUUAUAGCCAAUCUCAAUAAAAGUAGGUAGUCUUCCUGUGGAGUCAAUUUCCUGGCCUGGUCUACCCUCUAAGAUGUUGCAGUUAAAAUGUAUACCCAGUUAGCUUGUUUGUUGAAAAAGUUAUCUUAUAAGGACCCCAUCUCAUAAAUGGAUGAAAAAGAUUAGUUUUCUAAUUUUGCAUAUUUGAACCCACAUGUGAACUAAAACUUAGUUAUUUUUCAAAAUUUUGGUUUUUCCCAGUACAAUUUGCUGAACAAAAACAUGGCAUGAGUUCAGGAAAAUAAUGCAUGGAAAUGCAUCCUAAUAGAGAAAAAUAUGUGCAAAACCUGGAUGGUAGGCAAACUUGAAAACAAAAAUGUGCUUAUUUAGAAAAUGUCCAAAGAAAAUACAAAAAAGAAAUUGAAUUAAGACAAGAAUAAGAUGAAAGAAAAAUAGAAAAUCAAAUUGACAGAGAGAAAUCAUUGUGACAGAUUUACUCAUCAGUGUAAAUAUUUGGCAGUGCCUUUUUUAUGUGGUGAAGUAAAAUCAACUUGCAUGUCAAUGAGUCUGUUCUUUGGUUCCUCCCAUGUCAACAUUGUUCCAUUUCUGGAACAACUAAUGCCAGGAUCAGGAACAUUUUUCAGAGGAUAAUUUUUUUCUGAUAUUAACUUUGGUAUGUAAGAAGCAGUCACAUAUUAACCAAUUCCCACGUUAAGGCAAUAGGAUAACUCUUCCCAAAUUAUUUUACCCAUAAUGUUGACUUUUGGGGUUGCUUAGGCUGCAGCCAUAAGGAACUCUCAAAUGAUGAUGAUAAUGCUGUUAUACAAGCUAGGGCAGCUCUCAUUUUUAAUGAGACACCCUACAAUUUCUUAGUGUUAAGUAAACUUGUUAAGAAACCAAGUUAGCACAUUUAAGCCAAGGACUCAGGUUUUGUUGCUAAAUUAGUCAUGCUGUCCCAAGUACUGUGCAGAAAUACACAUGUGCCAUUGAUCUAGAAGGAAGAUUGUGGAUGCUGUGACUAACAAUAAAGAAGCAAGGAUUUACAGGAAUAGUGGGGAAAAUAUGUAGAUUCAUACAUGUAUAGACUAGGGUAAGAGCAUUAUUGUUAAGCUAAAGUAGCAUAGUAGCUUCAUCUUUUUUUCUGUUUUAGAAAUAGAACAUAAUCACAAAAACAAUUGAAUAUUUUCUACAGCACAAUUGUACAGUGUUGUCAAAUUCUCAUGCACACUCAUUGGGCAUUGCUUUCUGCAAACACAUUGGCUUUGUCAAUCCUAGUAAUAAACCUAGGAAUUCAAAAAUUUGUCUUUUGUGUUACUUCACUUUUCAUUUCCUUUUCUGAUCUGCAUUGAAUCCAUGGCCAGUGCAGACCUGCUUGGACAACAGUAGCCACCAUUUUGCUUUAUCAAAAAUCCCAUUUAAUGCCCAGAAGAUAUCACUAAUUGUAUUUUCAUUUAACAUUCACUGGAAUUGGUGAGACUUUGCAGACCUUAGAAUUAGCUUAUUUUGUAUU